CAAGUAUUUUGGCUGAAGGAAGGUCCUUUUGGUCAACGAGAGAAGCCAAGAACAAUGAGUUCACUAGAAGAAAUUGAAAAUAUUCAAACACUAUUUAGCUACCAGCAUUCAUAUAUAACUUUCAAGAUCAUUUCAACUGCCAGUGAGCUGGGUGUCUUUGAUCUUUUGGGAGAGUCGAGGGAACAACUAUCUUCCACAACUAUUGCUGAACGCUUGAGCACCAGCCCCAUCGGGAUGAAGAGGCUGCUAGAGGCCUGUGUGGGGUUAAACCUCCUGACACUGGAGUGGAAAGAUGGCAAAGAUCUUUAUGGAAACACAGACUUUACCAAUCUCUACCUGGUCAAAUCAAGCCCAAAGUCUCAGUAUCAUUCCAUAAUAUUCCAUUCUGAAGUUGUGUAUCCAUCAAUGCAAUAUUUGCCUGAUGCUGUGAGGAAAGGAAAAAAUCAGAUUUCAUCAAUAUAUGGCUCUCCCUCAAACAAGACUUUUGAGGUCAUUUACAGAUCAAAGGAAGAGUUAGAAUCCUUCUCCAAUUUCAUGAAUGAGCUCUGGCCUGUGGUAGGAAGAGAAGUGCUUUCUGCCUUUGACCUGUCCCAGUUCCCACUCAUUUGCGAUCUGGGUGGAAGCACUGGUGGCUUAGCUAAGGAAUUGAUUUCACUCUACCCAAAGUGUACUGUGACCAUUUUUGACCUCCCUGAAGUAGUGGAAGCCUCCAAGAAGCAUUGUUUGUCUUCAGAAGAGACCCAAAUCACUUUCCAUGCAGGUGAUUUUUUUAAAGAUCCAUUUCCUGAAGCGGACCUGUACAUUUUGGCCAGGAUUCUGCAUGACUGGUCGGAUGAGAGAUGUUCGCAGCUGCUACAUAAAGUGUACCAGGCCUGCAAACCUGGUGGCGGUAUCUUAAUAGUGGAAAUGCUUCUUGAUGAAAACAGAAGAGGGCCUUUCGCAGCCCACAUCUAUUCUUUGUUAAUAUUGCUCUACCUUGAAGGAAAAGAACGGUCAACAACUGAGUUUAAUGUGCUUCUCCGCAAGGCUGGUUUCCAAGAUGUUGAGUUAAAGAAAGGAAACCUCUUUCAUGUUAUUCUAGGAAGAAAAUAAUGCUGCUCCUGAUUCCUUCCUGUUGAAUGUUUAAGAGGAAAUUUCAGUAAUCAAAAUCUUGCUUUGUUAAUUACAGCUAUAUUCUGUUCUUUCCAUGUCCACAGAUUACAUCCUUUUCUUAUCACAAUAUGAUUUCACCAUAACUAGGGAUCCCCAACAAUGGCUGCAAAAAUCCUGAGAACCAAUUCUGCGCAAUAGAGAUAGAUGACACUCUUAUCAUAUGACAAAAAUUAAUCUCUUUAUAGAUCUUUAGUUCUUCCCAACUUUACAUACCAAGACAAUCUUCUUAUACACAUUAAACAAAUAACAGAGUACAAGAGAAAAUCUGAAAGGUCAGAAUCAGGACUCUAAAACACACACAUUGCUUAGCUAAUUCAGUAUUUUUAGCACUUCUAAAAAACAGUUAAGCCCUAGAAAUUCUGCAACACGCAUAGAAUGCCAUAGGUGCAAACAACAUAAAUAAAAAUAUUAACUGUAGUUUUGCAAGCCUAGCCACAAGGAAAUUAACAAUUAGUGCUGGAAACUCAAGGUUUUUAGAUAAAGGCUAUGGUGCAAUAACCACUUCAGAAACAUUAUCUCAUUCUUUCUACACUAGUUAUGUAUUUCAAUAUAUCUAAAUUAACCCGCUCAAUAAUAUAACCUUAUUAAUGCUGUAUCCUAUUAGUAGUGAUUAAUUGUAAAGAGGGCUUAUAAUUUCACCACUAUUUCAACUUUUUUAUUUUCUAUCACUGUCAAUAAACUAAUUUAUAUAUUGUAUUAGUUCUUUAAUUGUGCUUUGAUUGGUUCAAAUAUAUUAUACCGCUAUGAUAUUCUCAUAAAAGAGCUAUUCCAUAAACAAAUCUCAUCCAAUAUUCCAGUUCUCCAGAUACAGCAGCCAAGUUCAGAAACUCUAUGACUUUGUUAUAAAACUAUUUAUUCUCAUUCUUUGCUUUCUGAUCAUAACCAGGUAGCAAACCAGAAAAAGAUAAAUGUAAUCAGAAUUGCCUUGAGUUGGAUUCUAGCCUUUUGCCAAGUCAAAUAAAUUUAACCCUGCCAACUGAUUUUCCCAUUAUUUGGGGUACUUUCCAGUCUAUAGACUUGCGGAUGUUCCAAUCCCAGAUAACUUAUUUCUGGGGAAAGAAUCAAGAUGAUACCUGUACAGCUUUAUAUAACAGCUGAAUGACAGGGAUUUAAAGCUAUUUAAAGUGACUAGGACUGUAUAAUAUAAAGAACCUGCUUUGAUUCCAUUAAUAGAUAACCUACAUCUGAAAAUGGGGUCCUUAGAAAUUUUGACUGAACCAUAUCAAAGGACACCACAUGUGAUAUAUGAAGAGCUCUGGUACAUAUAGCUACGCCUCCUCCCUCAUUGCAUCGGCAGAUAACCGCCCGGCCGCCCUGUUUCGGGUGACUCGCUCCCUCCUUCAUCAGGGGGAGCGGGAUGACCCGUUGCAGGGACGGGCUGAGGAGUUUAACGGUUAUCUAUACGAUAAAAUCGUUCAGCUUCGGGAUGGUCUGGACCAAGAUUGCGGUGAUGCGGGUGAGACGCUCGAGGGUGGUCUUGGUGACAUUAUUUGGGAUGAGUUUGACCCUGUGGCUCCCGAGGACAUGGACAGGUUGCUGGGUAGGUUGAAUGCCACCACGUGUUUACUGGACCCGUGCCCCUCCUGGCUGGUGCUGGCCACUCGGGAGGUGACACGAGGCUGGCUCCAGGCGAUUACGAUCGCUUCUUUGGUGGA